CACGUUCAGGCAGGACAGGAGGAAGCGCGGGACAUCAGCAAACCAGCCGGGUCAAGAAUCUGCAAGGAUGGAGAUCCGACCAGACAGGUUUAAGGCGGCCGCGGCGAAAACUCUGGGGAGAAUUAACAGGCUCAUUGAGAAGCGGCCACAAAACGGAGAAACCAUUGAACUAUCGGCCGAGGGCCGCCCUGAGCUGGUGGAGGAGAAGGAGCUGCCGGUGGUGGACUGCACCUGCUUCGGCCUGCCGAGGAGGUACAUCAUCGCUAUCCUGUCCGGCCUGGGAUUUUGCAUCUCUUUCGGCAUCCGGUGCAACCUGGGUGUGGCCAUUGUCAGCAUGGUGAAUGACCAGACGGUCUACAGAGGCAACAAGGAAGUACUCGUGGCUGCACAGUUCACGUGGGACCCUGAGACAGUGGGGAUGAUCCACGGCUCCUUCUUCUGGGGCUACAUCGUCACACAGAUUCCGGGUGGCUUUAUAUGCAGAAAAUUUGCCGCCAACAGGGUCUUUGGCUUUGCCAUAGUGGCCACAUCCACCCUCAACAUGCUGAUUCCGUCUGCUGCUCGCUGCCAUUACAGCUGCGUCAUACUGGUUAGGAUAUGCCAGGGCCUUGUUGAGGGUGUGUCGUACCCAGCCUGCCACGGGAUCUGGGCCAAGUGGGCUCCUCCGCUCGAGAGGAGUCGAUUAGCCACAACAGCCUUUUGUGGAUCUUAUGCAGGGGCGGUGGUGGCCAUGCCUUUGGCUGGGAUACUGGUGCAAUACACUGGGUGGCCUUCAGUAUUCUACGUCUACGGCGUUUUUGGGAUACUCUGGUACAUGUUCUGGAUCCUGGUGUCGUAUGAGAGUCCCGCCGCUCAUCCCACCAUCACGCCGGAGGAGAGGAAGUACAUUGAAGAUGCAAUCGGAGAGUCGGGCUCGUUUCUCAACCCUCUGCACAAAUUUAAAACCCCGUGGAAGCACUUCUUCACCUCCAUGCCAGUCUACGCCAUCAUUGUGGCCAACUUCUGCAGGAGCUGGACCUUCUACCUGCUGCUCAUCAGCCAGCCGGCCUACUUCGAAGAGGUCUUUGGCUUUGAGAUCAGCAAGGUGGGAAUGGUGUCAGCUCUUCCCCAUCUGGUGAUGACAAUCAUCGUGCCUAUUGGAGGCCAGUUGGCAGACUACCUGAGAACCCACAACCUGAUGUCCACCACCAACGUCAGGAAGCUCAUGAACUGUGGCGGCUUUGGGAUGGAGGCCACCUUCCUGCUGGUGGUGGGAUUCUCUCACUCAAAAGGCGUCGCCAUUUCCUUCUUGGUCCUCGCUGUGGGCUUCAGUGGAUUUGCCAUCUCAGGGUUUAACGUCAACCACUUGGACAUCGCCCCUCGGUACGCCAGCAUACUGAUGGGCAUCUCAAACGGCGUGGGAACGUUAUCUGGAAUGGUGUGUCCUCUCAUCGUGGGAGCCAUGACCAAACACAAGACGCGUGAUGAGUGGAAGUACGUCUUCCUCAUAGCUUCUCUCGUGCAUUACGGAGGAGUGCUCUUCUACGGAAUCUUCGCCUCAGGGGAAAAGCAGCCGUGGGCGGACAUAGAAGACACCAGUGAGGAGAAGUGCGGUAUUAUCAAUGAAGAUGAACUGGCCAACGAAACGGAGGAAAUGUACCGUGGAGGCGGGCAGUACGGCGCCAUGAGCAAACCGGUUGUUGGUUCCAACGGAGGAGGGACCGGAGGAGGAGGAGGAGGAGGAGGAGGCGGGCCGGGAUGGGUGUCGGACUGGGAUAAGUCAGAGGAGUACGUGCAGCCACCCGGAUACAACUCUUACAUGUACGGAGGAGGAGAAGAGAGGGAGCUGACAUAGAAGUUUCACAUGAAACGAGAUAAAAAGAAAGAAAAAAAAGCCAGAAGGAGAAAAAGAGGAAGAUUGUUUGGGAAGGGAUUGUAAGAGAGGCUCUGCUAAUUCUGAAUGGACCCGCUGUGUGCUUUUGUACAAUAUUUACAAUCGCACAUAUCAUAAGUAAAGUCUGCAUCUGAUUCAGAUGUGAGUGUGUGUGUGUGCGCGCGUGUGUGUGUGUGUGGGCACGUGCAUGCAGGGGUUUAAGUGGUUAACGUGCACAAACAUAUACAGUAUUAAUUAGCAAAAGAGACAAUUCAAAUGUCCCUGAUUAUCCUUCCUGCUCCUGAACUUGUUUUCUGAUUGUUCGGGAGUUCCGUUUCCACCUCAUUACUGAUUCAAAGUGUGUGUGCGUGUGUGUACAUGUGUGUGUGCCUGUGUGGUUGGUUGGAUGCGGCCUGUACAAAAACUCUCAAGCCGCUGCCAUUGUGUUAUGUUUAUAUAUUAAGUUGUAUGUUCAACUCACACAUUUUCUUUUUUUUGCUCAGAAAGCAACUUUAAAGCCUCAGUUUAGUUAAAUGCAAAAUAACUGUAGUUACACUUUUUGGUGUACAUUACUGUGGAGGCUCUCAGCUUUCAGAUAAAUCACACUGAGUAUGUACUAAAAACAAAAACCAAUGCACAAACUAAAGGUUAAUGUGUUUUUAUGAGAUGCUGGUGAUGCAUAUGGUAAAUUCCCUCUGCAACAUUGUGUUUCCGAAGCAAUGCACAAUUCAAGUAUGCAUUCAUGUGGCAACUACUUUAAAACUUUUAUCAAAGAAGAAAAUGGUGCUUAGGUGUUGUACGAUCCCGUGUUUGUAUCGGUAGAGUUGUAAAACCUUUGUUCAACGUACAGAGGUGUGUGUUUGAGCCUGCAUGUGGUGUCUUUGCUGAAUCUCACCUGGGUCCGACCGAACUAGGUCACUUCAAGCCAGGCCUAAGGGUCCGCUGAGUAAUCAGCGGAUAUAUUGGUGACUUUCCAUUUGGUGAGUACGCUCCCAUCAAGAGGAGGUGGCCCGGAUUGGCAAGUUGAGUGUGAUAGUUACUGAACCGGCGAGGAACAGCAGUUAUCGCACCCCCGGGCAUCACAGCCAGACUUCCAUCUUUUUCUGCGUCUCAUUGGCUGCCGCUCGGCUCCAUCUUCCUCCUGGUAUUCAUUAGGACGCUUCCUGUCUUCUCCUCUUUGUUGGUGCUCCUUCCAUGUCUUUAGUACCUACAUUUGAGUCGUGUUUGAGUUGGUAGGACAGCGGUUUUCCGUUGGUCUAUGUCUGUGUGUGUGUCUGUGUCUGUGUGAGGGUGAGAGUGUGUUGUUGCGUUGGGUGCAGGUGCUCAAACAUUGUGCGGCGAGCGUGUUUUAAUGAGCACAGCAGUGCCGUCGCUGCCCUGCCGUCCCUCCCCUCCUUUUACACAAAAACCACACACUCAGUAAACCAAUGAUUUCAUGCAGUCAAGUGCACCGUGCACACGAGAACGGUGGAACACUAUUUGGUAUUUACACAGCUGGGGCGCACUCAUGGAAACCGAGUGAGAUUAGGAAGCAUUAUCGCACAUCAACAAUGUGUGUGUGUUUAAGUUUGGUACCAAUCACGGCAAAUCAAAUAGGGCUCCUCUCGUGCCCUUUGAAAGCAGCACCUUCUCUCAUCUUCGCGCACUGACAGCCGGGUAAUGUAGUGGACAGUCCAGAGGGGAUUCUCCUGAGAGGACACUAACAUGCUCAUACAAAAAGAGGAACAGUCUUGUUGCACAAACAAGCUGCACAGUGCAACUCUUUGCAUCUGCACAUAGAGCCAGCAUACAAGAAACGACUAUGCACGCACAAACACAACCUCUGCCCUAAGCGUGUACUCAGGUCGUUCAAACAUCGAGGAUCUAAUUCCAUUUAACGUAUAUAGAGGUGGUGAUUUGAGCUCACUUGUGAUAAACUGGAAUGUUGGAAUGUUAAAAUAAUAUUCGAUUUAAAUCAGGAUUUAAAUAAAUAGUUUUAUAAAGCAAAUUUCGUUUUGAGGGAAAUAUCUAAAAUUUAUGAAUGAAUUUUCCUUUGAACAAUGUGUUGUAUCUGUGUAUUUUUAAUCACGUUUCUCUUAGUCUAAGUUAAUGGCUGUUCCAAUUUUGUCCUUCUUCUUGAUGAAAUGUGUGGUGAGUAUGCUGUAAAAAUAACAAAGGACAAAAUCAUAUUUAAACAUGCAAAAUUGGGAAGAUAUUCUAUGUAUAAAAUAUGUAUAUUGUGAGAUAUCCUUGUGUAUAAUAAAAUGUAUGCAAUUUAA